AUGCCCCAGCUCCACGACAUCGCCAUUAAAAAAGUCAUCACGGAUACGUCGAACAUUGUCUUGAAAACAAUAUGGCCCAUCAUUUCGGACCAGGCAUCCAAUCCGAACAUCAGUCUUCCGUGCACUUCCAGUCUCAUCAAGGCAUUCUUGGCCUUCAAGCGACAAGAUCCCUGGAUGAUUAAAACUUUUCAAAACUACAGAGUUCUGGCGAAAGUACGAGGUUGUAGGACGGAUGAUCCGAAGGAAGUUACUCCGCUCCAAGUAUUCUCGCUGAGCGUGCUUUCUGCUUUGAGCUUUAUUGUUCUGCUAGCAACCUUAGCCGAAUGGUGCCUUCAGGGUGUGGCUCCAAAAGUUCUUGUCAUGAGAAUAUUCCUAAUGUUUUCGGCGACUUCCAAUACAAAAGACUUGCUGAAAACAAGCGGUAAAGGUCUAAAUCAGUCGCUGUUAUUCUUAAGUGGUAUGAAAGUUAUCUGCGCUUAUUGGGUGUUACUGGCGCACGAGUACAUUGCUCUCCAGCCUGAGUUUCUCCACAGUCCGUUUGAGUUACUGCGACUCGGGUCAACGCUCAGAUUUCAGUUUAUUGCCAAUAGCGUACUCAGCGUUACUACCUUUUUUGUGAUAAGUGGGUUUCUACUGUCCUUUACUAUGCUACAUGCACAGCCAACCCUUUAUGUGUUCUUUACAUGCAUUGCGAAAAGGUACAUCAGAUUGACACUUCCUGUGAUGGCAACCGUGUUAGUUGCAUUCCUACUACCCCUGAUUGCUAAUGGACCAGCAGACCAGGAUCUGAUUUUACAACAAAUCCGAGGAUGUACCAGUCACUGGUGGACGUUGAUGGCUCAAGUUAACAAUUUCACUCCUCUGCAUGAAAGAUGCUUGAGUCACCUGUGGUAUGUCAGCGCAGAAAUGCAAAUCUUUACCUUCAUAGCCCUGCCGUUGGCACUACUCCUUUGCAGGUACCGAAAAAUAGGUGUAACUUUAUCUGUUACGCUUGUGCUGACAUUCGCCACUAUCGCAACAAUUCAGACUUACACCUGGCAACUAUUUUAUGGCAUAACCUUCGGGACCAACGAUGGAAGGCGCUUCGCAGCAACCCUGGAGCUUAUUCAUUUUCGACCGUUUGUUCAUGUGCCUGAGUAUGUAUGUGGAGUCGUUUGCGGAUACCUGGCCGUUCGUUACCAGAAAUAUCACCUAAGGAAGGUGAUCGAGAUUGUGUUGUGGCUCGCAUCAUUAGGCUUGGCAUCGUUCGUGAUGUUCGUAACUGUACCUUGGAAUGAAGGUCGCAUGCCUGACGGCCUUACGAACGCUAUCUACGGUGGCUGUCAUCGUGUUCUCUGGUCCAUUGGGCUCUUCUGGCCAAUGUUUGCUUGUGCAACGAAGAAUGGAGGACUUCUAAACAAAUUUCUCUCCUGGAACGUCUUCAUUCCCUUGUCACGGCUGACGUACGGAAUUUACCUGGUUCAUCUCCUAUUCCACUUGUUGCGCAUGGCUAAUACAAAGACGGCAAUUGACGUGGACGAAUAUUUACAGAUAAGGAAUUCCAUUGGCACGUUUGGACUCAGCGUUUUGCUGGCAUAUCUUCUCUACCUCACCUGCGAGGCUCCCACACAGCACUUGUGUAAACUGCUCUUCGCCCGUCCCAAGUCAAACCCCGUUACCACCGUGUCGACCACCGAAACAACCCUUAAGUAA